AUGUUGGAUAGCAAAGGAUCCUCAUCCGUUGGAUCCAAUCCUCGAACCACAGCGUCUCGAAGCACAGUGCGACGUACCAAUCGCUUUGGUGCCCGAACGGCAGUCCGAACCUUUGCCAUCUCUCGGACUCCCAUUGUCUUGGAAUUGAAUCAUUCGCAAAUUUUAAGGGUCGGUUACGCCGAACAGACCAAGCCGCAUCACACACUGUCCCUAGAGGAGUUCACUUCCCACGACACCUCCAAACCAUUCUCCUUGAAUCAAAACUUGACGGACACCCAGUGGUACAAUGUGCUUUCUCCGGUCAUAUCCAAAGUUUACGAUCGUCUCAUGUGCAAUCCAACCACGCGGCGGGUCGUUUGUGUCUUGCCCCAUUUGGCUUCCUCCAACUUGAUCAAGGCAUUGCAACAAUUGCUUUGGAACAAGGGUGUACCGGCCGUGACGGUGUGGAGCAAUCUGGAAAUCUUGCCCGUGGCACAAGGAUGGAAACGAGGAUUGAUUGUCCAUGUCAGCAAGGACGAAACAGUUUCUGUCUGUCACUCGGAUGGGCACCUUCUGCCGUAUACAUACCAAAGUGUUCCCAUUGGAUAUGGGAAUUUGAUGAUUCAACCAGAGCAAGAACAAGAACAAGAGCAAGACCAAGAGGAGGCAAAAGAAAACAAACUGCAAGUGGAAUGGACCCCUGCUAUGGAGGACUUGUUUCUGAAUGAGAACAAUCCGAACUCCGCCGUCAUUGCCGUUCUCAAGACCAUGGAAGAGUGUCCAACAGAUGUCAGGCACAAUUGUGUCUCUAACAUUGUCUUUGCUGGAGAAGGUUCCUUGCUGUUUCCAGAUUUGUCACGCCGCGUGAUACAACGAGUCAAGUCCAUUCUAGAAGGCAACCCGACCCCAUUGAAGCUGGUGACACCGGAACAAGAAAUUAUGACUCAUACUCCUGUCAAAACAAAGAGCUUGGCCGCGCUCGCACCAAAGCUACAGCUGAUUUCAACCUAUCCUCAUCGUCCAGACUGGAUCUGCUGGUUGGGAGCGAGUUUGUGGGCUGCUGCUUGGAACAAGUACGAUGACGAAGAAUCGAGUAUCCAAUGGACCUUUAGCCCCACGGAUGAAUAA